GGCGGAGACGGCCCGGAGCGGCGAGGGCGGCCUGGAGCCCCGGGAGCGGCGCGCGCGGCCCCGGCCCCGCGCUCUCCCGGUCUCGCGCUGCACAUUCUCUCCUGGCGGCGGCGCCACCUGCAGUAGCGUUCGCCCGAACAUGGCGACACGGAGCAGCAGGAGGGAGUCGCGACUCCCUUUCCUAUUCACCCUGGUCGCGCUGCUGCCGCCCGGGGCUCUCUGCGAGGACUGGACUCGGCGACUGCACGGCGGCCGCGCGCCUUUGCCCCAGGACCGGGGCUUCCUCGUGGUGCAGGGCGACCCGCGCGAGCUGCGGCUGUGGGCGCACGGGGAUGCCAGGGGGGCGAGCCCGGCGGACCAGAAGCCGCUCCGGACGCGACGGAGCGCUGCCCUGCAGCCCCAGCCCAUCAAGGUGUACGGACAGGUCAGUCUGAAUGACUCCCACAAUCAGAUGGUGGUGCACUGGGCUGGAGAGAAAAGCAACGUCAUUGUGGCCUUGGCCCGGGACAGCCUGGCGUUGGCGAGGCCCAAGAGCAGUGAUGUGUACGUGUCUUAUGACUAUGGAAAAUCAUUCAGUAGAAUUUCAGAGAAACUGAACUUUGGCAUAGGAAAUACCAGUGAAGCUGUGAUUGCCCAGUUCUACCACAGUCCUGCGGACAACAAGCGGUACAUCUUUGCAGAUGCAUAUGCCCAGUACCUCUGGAUCACAUUUGACUUUUGCAACACCAUUCAUGGCUUUUCCAUCCCGUUCCGGGCUGCUGAUCUCCUCCUCCAUAGUAAAGCCUCCAACCUUCUUCUGGGCUUUGACAGAUCUCAUCCCAACAAGCAGUUAUGGAAGUCUGAUGAUUUUGGCCAGACCUGGAUCAUGAUUCAGGAGCAUGUGAAGUCCUUUUCUUGGGGAAUUGAUCCUUAUGACAAACCGAACACUAUCUACAUUGAACGGCAUGAACCCUCUGGCUACUCCACGGUUUUCAGAAGUACAGACUUCUUCCAGUCUCGGGAAAACCAGGAAGUCAUCCUUGAAGAAGUGAGAGACUUUCAGCUGCGGGACAAGUACAUGUUUGCUACAAAGGUGGUGCAUCUCCAGGGCAAUCACCCACAGUCUUCUGUCCAGCUCUGGGUCUCCUUUGGCCGGAAGCCCAUGCGAGCGGCCCAGUUUGUCACAAGACAUCCUAUUAAUGAAUAUUACAUCGCAGAUGCCUCCGAGGAUCAGGUCUUUGUGUGUGUCAGUCAUAGUAACAAUCGCACGAAUUUAUACAUCUCAGAGGCAGAGGGGCUGAAGUUCUCUCUAUCCUUGGAGAAUGUGCUGUAUUACAGCCCAGGAGGGGCCGGCAGCGACACACUAGUGAGGUAUUUUGCAAAUGAGCCAUUUGCUGACUUCCACCGUGUGGAAGGGUUACAAGGAGUCUACAUUGCUACUCUGAUUAAUGGCUCCAUGAAUGAGGAGAACAUGAGAUCGGUCAUCACCUUUGACAAAGGGGGAACUUGGGAAUUUAUUCAAGCUCCAGCCUUCACAGAAUAUGGAGAGAAAAUCAAUUGUGAGCUUUCCCAGGGCUGUUCCCUGCACCUGGCCCAGCGUCUCAGUCAGCUGCUCAAUCUCCAGCUCCGGAGGAUGCCCAUCCUGUCCAAGGAGUCCGCCCCUGGGCUCAUCAUUGCCACAGGCUCGGUGGGAAAAAACCUGGCAAGCAAGACCAACGUGUACAUCUCCAGCAGCGCGGGAGCCAGGUGGCGAGAGGCACUUCCUGGACCUCACUACUACACGUGGGGAGACCAUGGCGGCAUCAUCAUGGCCAUUGCCCAGGGCACGGAAACCAAUGAGCUGAAAUACAGUACCAAUGAAGGGGAGACCUGGAAGACAUUCAUCUUCUCUGAGAAGCCUGUGUUUGUGUAUGGGCUCCUCACAGAACCUGGGGAGAAGAGCACCGUCUUCACUAUUUUUGGGUCCAACAAGGAAAAUGUCCACAGCUGGCUCAUCCUCCAGGUCAAUGCCACUGAUUCCUUGGGGGUUCCCUGCACAGAGAAUGACUACAAGCUAUGGUCACCUUCUGAUGAGCGGGGCAAUGAGUGUCUGCUUGGACACAAGACUGUUUUCAAACGGAGGACCCCCCAUGCAACAUGUUUUAAUGGAGAAGACUUUGAUAGGCCAGUGGUCGUGUCCAAUUGCUCCUGCACCCGGGAGGACUAUGAAUGUGACUUUGGCUUCAAGAUGAGUGAAGAUUUGUCCUUAGAAGUAUGUGUUCCAGACCCAGACUUUUCUGGGAGGCCGUACUCCCCUCCUGUGCCUUGCCCCGUGGGUUCUACUUACAGGAGAACAAGAGGCUACCGGAAGAUUUCUGGGGACACUUGCAGUGGAGGAGAUGUUGAAGCACGACUGGAAGGAGAGCUAGUCCCUUGUCCACUGGAAGAAGAGAAUGAGUUCAUUCUCUACGCCAUGCGGAAGUCCAUCUAUCGCUACGACCUUGCAUCCGGAGCAACUGAGCUGUUGCCACUCAUGGGGUUGCGGGCAGCGGUGGCCCUGGACUUUGACUAUGAACGCAACUGCUUGUAUUGGUCUGACCUGGCCUUGGACAUCAUCCAGCGUCUCUGUUUGAAUGGGAGUACUGGGCAAGAGGUGAUCAUCAACUCCGGCCUGGAGAUAGUAGAAGCUUUGGCCUUUGAGCCCCUCAGCCAGUUACUUUACUGGGUGGAUGCUGGAUUUAAAAAGAUUGAGGUAGCUAAUGCAGAUGGUGACUUCCGACUCACAAUCGUCAAUUCCUCUGUGCUUGAUCGGCCCAGAGCCCUGGUCCUCGUGCCCCAAGAAGGGGUGAUGUUCUGGACUGACUGGGGAGACCUGAAGCCUGGAAUUUAUCGGAGCAAUAUGGAUGGUUCUUCUGCCCAUCGUCUUGUGUCAGAGGAUGUGAAGUGGCCCAAUGGCAUCUCAGUGGAUGACCAGUGGAUCUACUGGACAGAUGCCUACCUGGACUGCAUUGAGCGCAUCACCUUCAGCGGCCAGCAGCGCUCGGUCAUUCUGGAUAACCUCCCACACCCCUAUGCCAUUGCUGUCUUUAAGAAUGAAAUCUACUGGGAUGACUGGUCACAGCUCAGCAUCUUCCGAGCUUCGAAAUACAGCGGGUCCCAGAUGGAGAUUCUGGCCAGCCAGCUCACAGGGCUGAUGGACAUGAAGAUUUUCUACAAGGGGAAAAACACUGGAAGCAACGCCUGCGUGCCCAGUCCAUGCAGCCUUCUGUGCCUGCCCAAGGCCAACAACAGCAAAAGCUGCAGGUGUCCAGAGGGGGUGGCCAGCCAUGUCCUCCCUUCUGGGGACUUGAUGUGUGACUGCCCUCAGGGCUAUCAGCUGAAGAACAAUACCUGUGUCAAAGACGAGAACACCUGUCUUCGCAACCAGUAUCGCUGCAGCAACGGGAACUGUAUCAACAGCAUUUGGUGGUGUGAUUUCGACAACGACUGUGGGGACAUGAGCGAUGAGAGGAACUGCCCUACCACCAUCUGUGAUUUGGACACCCAGUUCCGGUGCCAGGAGUCUGGGACUUGUAUCCCACUGUCCUAUAAAUGUGACCUCGAGGAUGACUGUGGAGACAACAGUGAUGAAAGUCACUGUGAAAUGCACCAGUGCCGGAGUGAUGAGUACAACUGCAGCUCUGGCAUGUGCAUCCGCUCUUCCUGGGUGUGUGAUGGGGACAACGACUGCAGGGACUGGUCCGACGAAGCCAACUGUACCGCUAUCUAUCACACCUGUGAGGCCUCCAAUUUCCAGUGCCGCAAUGGGCACUGCAUACCCCAGCGGUGGGCGUGUGACGGUGACACAGACUGCCAAGAUGGUUCUGACGAGGAUCCUGUCAACUGUGAGAAGAAGUGCAAUGGAUUCCGCUGCCCCAAUGGCACGUGUAUCCCAUCCAGCAAACACUGCGAUGGUCUACGGGACUGCUCUGACGGCUCGGACGAACAGCACUGUGAGCCCCUCUGCACGCGCUUCAUGGACUUUGUGUGUAAGAACCGCCAGCAGUGUCUGUUCCACUCCAUGGUGUGUGAUGGGAUCAUUCAGUGCCGGGAUGGAUCAGACGAGGAUCCUGCAUUUGCCGGAUGCUCCCAAGACCCCGAGUUCCACAAGGUGUGUGAUGAACUUGGUUUCCAGUGUCAGAAUGGAGUGUGCAUCAGUUUGAUUUGGAAAUGCGAUGGGAUGGAUGAUUGCGGCGACUACUCUGAUGAAGCCAACUGUGAAAACCCCACAGAAGCUCCCAACUGUUCCCGCUACUUCCAGUUCCGGUGUGAAAAUGGCCACUGCAUCCCCAACAGGUGGAAAUGUGACAGGGAGAAUGACUGUGGGGACUGGUCUGACGAGAAAGAUUGUGGAGAUUCACACGUUCUUCCCUCUCCCACACCGAGGCCCUCCACGUGUCUGCCCAAUUACUUCCGCUGCAGCAAUGGGCCCUGCGUGAUGGACACCUGGGUGUGCGACGGGUACCGGGACUGUGCAGAUGGCUCGGAUGAGGAAGCCUGCCCCUCACUUGCAAAUGUCACUGCCCCCUCCACACCCAGCCAGGUUGGGCGCUGUGACCGAUUUGAGUUCGAGUGCCACCAGCCGAAGAAGUGCAUCCCCAACUGGAAGCGCUGCGAUGGCCAUCGGGAUUGCCAGGAUGGCCAGGACGAGGCCAACUGCCCCACACACAGCACCUUGACCUGUAUGAGCCGGGAGUUCAAGUGUGAGGACGGCGAGGCCUGCAUUGUUCUCUCGGAGCGCUGUGAUGGCUUCCUGGACUGCUCGGAUGAGAGUGAUGAGAAAGCCUGCAGUGAUGAGUUAACUGUCUACAAAGUACAGAAUCUUCAAUGGACAGCUGACUUCUCUGGGGAUGUAACUUUGACCUGGAUGCGGCCCAAAAAAAUGCCCUCUACUUCUUGUGUGUAUAAUGUCUACUACAGAGUGGUUGGAGAGAGCAUCUGGAAGACUCUGGAGACCCACAGCAAUAAAACAAACACUGUAUUGAAAGUCUUGAAACCAGAUACCACAUAUCAGGUUAAAGUACAGGUUCAAUGUCUGAGCAAGGCACACAACACCAAUGACUUUGUUACUCUGAGGACUCCAGAAGGGUUGCCAGAUGCCCCUCGAAAUCUGCAGCUGUCACUCCACAGGGAAGCGGAAGGUGUAAUUAUUGGACACUGGACUCCUCCCAUCCACACACAUGGUCUCAUUCGUGAGUACAUUGUAGAAUACAGCAGGAGUGGUUCCAAGGUGUGGGCAUCCCAGAGGGCUGCUAGUAAUGCUACAGAAAUUAAGAACUUAUUGGUCAACACGCUAUACACUGUCAGAGUGGCUGCGGUGACUAGUCGUGGAAUAGGAAACUGGAGCGAUUCUAAAUCCAUUACCACCAUAAAAGGAAAAGUGAUUCCACCACCAGAUAUCCACAUUGACAGCUAUGAUGAAAAUUCUCUAAGCCUCACCCUAACCAUGGACGGUGAUAUCAAGGUGAAUGGCUAUAUGGUGAAUCUGUUCUGGGCAUUUGACACCCACAAACAAGAGAAGAGAACCUUGAGCUUCCGAGGGAGCACAGUGUCACACAAAGUUGACAAUCUGACAGCUCAUACGUCCUAUGAGAUUUCUGCCUGGGCCAAGACUGAUUUGGGGGAUAGUCCCCUGGCAUUUGAGCAUGUAAUGACCCGAGGAGUUCGCCCACCAGCUCCUAGCCUCAAAGCCAAGGCUAUCAAUCAGACUGCAGUGGAAUGCACCUGGACUGGCCCCAGGAAUGUGGUUUAUGGUAUUUUCUAUGCCACGUCCUUUCUUGACCUCUAUCGGAGCCCAAAGAGUAUAACUACUUCACUUCACAAUAAGACAGUCAUUGUCAGUAAAGAUGAGCAGUAUUUGUUUCUGGUCCGGGUGUUGGUUCCUUACCAAGGACCAUCCUCUGACUAUGUUGUCGUGAAGAUGAUCCCAGACAGCAGGCUUCCACCCCGUCACCUGCAUGCGGUUCAUACAGGCAAAACCUCAGCUGUCAUCAAGUGGGAAUCUCCAUAUGACUCUCCUGACCAGGAUCUGUUCUAUGCAAUUGCAGUUAAAGAUCUGAUUAGAAAGACCGACAGGAGCUACAAACUAAAAUCCCACAACAGUACUGUGGAGUAUACCAUUAGCAAAUUGGAACCUGGAGGGAAAUAUCAUGUCAUUGUCCAGCUAGGGAACAUGAGCAAAGAUUCCAGCAUAAAAAUUACUACAGUUUCAUUAUCAGCACCUGAUGCCUUAAAAAUCAUAACGGAAAAUGACCAUGUUCUUCUAUUUUGGAAAAGUCUUGCUUUAAAGGAAAAGCAUUUUAAUGAAAGCAGGGGCUAUGAGAUACACAUGUUUGAUAGUGCCAUGAAUAUCACAGCUUACCUUGGGAAUACUACUGACAAUUUCUUUAAAAUUUCCAACCUGAAGAUGGGCCAUAAUUAUACUUUCACCGUCCAAGCACGAUGCCUCUUUGGCAGCCAGAUCUGUGGGGAGCCUGCUGUCCUGCUGUAUGACGAGCUGGGGUCUGGUGGAGACGCAGCAGCAGUCCAGGCUUCCAGGUCCACUGAUGUCGCUGCAGUGGUGGUUCCCAUCUUGUUCCUGAUACUGCUAAGCCUGGGGGUCGGGUUCGCCAUCCUAUACACCAAGCAUCGGAGGCUGCAGAGCAGCUUUACUGCUUUUGCCAACAGCCACUACAGCUCUAGGCUGGGCUCAGCCAUCUUCUCUUCAGGGGAUGACCUGGGGGAAGAUGAUGAAGAUGCUCCUAUGAUAACUGGAUUUUCAGAUGAUGUCCCCAUGGUGAUAGCCUGAAAGAGCUUUCCUCACUAGAAACCAAAUGGUGUAAAUAUUUUAUUUGAUAAAGAUAGUUGAUGGUUUAUUUUAAAA